UACAAACUGUCAAAGCUCGCUCGUCUCUUCGUUCCACUCGCCUCAUUUCUCCGACCAAACCCUAGUCAUAACAGAAAAUCCACCCCCCGGAACUUCGAUCGCUUCAGCGACCGGCAGAGCCGCCGCAGCCAUGACGAUCCGCCAGCUGAUAAACCUCGGUCGACGCACUCGAAAACCAAUCCGUCCUUUCACCUCGGUCCAGCCACUCUCCACCGCCGUGGCCACCGCUUCCGAGGCCUCCCUCCCUUCUCCUCCUCCACCAACCGCAAUGAUCUACGACCGAUUGGCCGAAUCCGUCAAGGAAAAGCUCAAAAAACUUGAAGACCCCGAUCCUCGAUUCCUCAAGUACAACUCACCUCAUCCGGCAGUACAUUCUCACACUGAAAUCCUCUCCGCUCCACUUACCCGAGUCACCACUCUCCCCAAUGGCCUCCGAAUCGCCACCGAGUCGACUCUCGCCUCGACAACCGCCACCGUUGGUGUUUUCAUUGACGCUGGAUCGAGGUUUGAGAGUGAUGAAUCCAAUGGCACAGCACAUUUUUUGGAGCAUAUGAUAUUUAAGGGGACGGAGAGGAGGAACGCGAGGGAAUUGGAGGAGGAGAUUGAGAAUAUGGGUGGCCAUUUGAAUGCUUAUACUUCAAGGGAGCAGACGACAUACUACGCCAAGGUGAUGGAUAAGGAUGUGCCCCGUGCACUGGAUAUUUUAUCUGAUAUUCUGCAGAAUUCCAGGUUUGAUGAGCAAAGGAUUAUCCGGGAGAGGGAUGUUAUUCUCCGGGAGAUGGAGGAGGUUGAAGGACAAACAGAAGAAGUUAUAUUUGAUCACCUACAUGCUACUGCCUUCCAGUAUACACCACUGGGUAGGACAAUACUUGGACCUGCUGAAAAUGUCAAGACUAUUGGCAAAGAACAUCUAAGAAACUACAUAUCAACUCAUUACACUGCUCCCAGAACGGUAGUCGUCGCCUCUGGUGCUGUUAAGCAUGAAGAUGUUGUUGAGGAGGUGAAGAAAUUAUUUACAAAGUUGUCAUCAAACCCAACAACAGCUUCUGAGUUAGUUGCUAAAGAACCUGCAAUCUUUACGGGCUCAGAGGUUAGGAUGCUUGAUGACGACAUUCCUCUUGCCCAAUUUGCUGUUGCUUUUGAAGGGGCAUCUUGGACAGAUCCGGAUUCCAUUGCUUUAAUGGUUAUGCAGUCAAUGUUGGGUUCCUGGAACAAAAAUGCAGGUGGUGGGAAGCACAUGGGUUCUGAGCUUGCGCAGAGGGUUGGUAUCAAUGAGAUAGCAGAGAGCAUGAUGGCGUUCAAUACCAACUAUAAAGACACUGGCUUGUUUGGUGUUUAUGCUGUUGCUAAGCCUGACUGCUUGGAUGAUUUGGCCUAUGCAAUUAUGUAUGAAAUAACCAAGCUAUGUUAUCGCGUGUCAGAGGCCGAUGUGGUCCGUGCUCGUAACCAGUUGAAAUCUUCUCUGCUGCUGCACAUUGAUGGAACCAGCCCUGUUGCUGAGGAUAUUGGACGUCAGCUGCUUACAUAUGGUAGAAGGAUCCCAUAUGCUGAACUAUUUGCCAGGAUAGAUGCUGUAGAUGCCAGCACUGUCAAACGUGUUGCAAACCGUUUUAUCUUUGAUAGAGAUGUUGCCAUUAGCGCCGUGGGUCCCAUCCAGGGCUUGCCAGACUACAACUGGUUCAGGCGCAGGACCUACUGGCUCCGUUACUAGGUUACUCCAUGCUUCAAACA